ACCACUCCAAUGUAAACAACAACACCUAAAACAACCGACUCGAGCUGGCGGAGAAGGAGAUGUCGAAGAAAUCAUCAUCGUUUCUUCACGCCAUUCGUGCUGGAGAGUAGUCAGAUUAGAUCUUGCACCGAUAUUCUACGACCAUCCAUCAGCAAAUACUCACUCCGUACCCCGCCGUAACCACGACCUCGAAAUCCGAAUUCAAAUCCUCCACAGCCCCGAAUUCAGUUCUCGCGUGAUGGAGGAAUUUACCGCAGAUGUGUUAGUCAACCGAAGCGACACUAUUCCAUCCGUCGUAAUUGAUCGACAUGAAGAUGGCCAUCUGUCCGACAGUGACCAUGGCCUGGGGGAUCAGUCUCCCGACGUUUCCUUGGAUGAACCAAGACGAAAUCUGUUCAUCAGGCGUGGCAGGAGCUUGAAAGAUAACUUGUGGAAGACGCGAGAGAAGGUUUCCGAGCAUAGCGCAAGCAUGCAAGACCGUUUGCUCGAGAAGUGAGUAUUGCAGUCCCCGCUGGGGAUAGCUUCACCUAACAUGUGAUACAGGCUUCUCCAACAGGUCAUCCCUAUUGAAGAUCAAUCCUCUAAUCCAGACAAGAACCCCUUCUCGCACUCUGAGUUUAUAUCGAGGCCUUCGUUCAAUAUCACCACCAUGUCGAAUAACUUUCGUCGGUUUAAUGCGCGGAUUGGGGUUGUAUUUCUCUUCCAAGCGAAAGUCAUUCGCCUGCUCUCUUGGAGAUACCCCACCCAUACCUUAUCCUUCUUAGCGAUAUACACCUUCAUUUGUCUCGACCCAUACAUACUCACUGUCUUGCCGCUUCUGUUUCUCCUCCUAGGACUGUUAAUCCCAUCCUUCAUUGCAAGACAUCCUGCCCCUCCAUCUACAAUCUCAAUAGAAACCUCAACCCAAUACCCGACAACUGGUCCAGCCCUUGCACCGGCUCCUACCGUCAAACCCGCCAAAGAGCUCUCCAAAGAUUUCUUCCGUAACAUGCGAGAUUUACAAAACUGCAUGGAAGACUUCUCCGUUGCUCACGAUAAAGCAAUCUCCCUCCUAUCACCACCAACAAAUUUCUCCAACGAAUCCCUUUCGUCGACUCUCUUUCUCUUCACAUUCAUAGCCGCCCUAGCAAUGUUUAUAGGCAGCCACUUGCUUCCAUGGAGAAUCAUAUUCCUCGUCGUAGGCUGGACAACAACUUGUCUAGGUCAUCCAACACUGCAACGCCAAUUUCUCGCAACUCACGAAACUCACAUUGUCCCACACUCCCAAGCCGCUGAAUCUUGGCUCAACACCUGGAUCGCCCACGAUGUAAUCCUCGAUUCCGCCCCUCAAACGAGAGAAGUCGAGAUCUUUGAGCUCGAAAAACUUUCCUCAGCCGGCGUCUGGGAAUCCUGGCUCUUUAGCUCAUCGCCCUACGAUCCUCUUUCCUCGUCGAGAAUCAAGCACGAGAGACCACGGGGAACACGUUUUUUUGAGGAUGUUCGGGCGCCCGAAGGAUGGGAAUGGAGCGAAAAGAAGUGGGCACUUGAUUUAUGGUCGCGAGAAUGGGUCGAGGAACGAAUCAUCACAGGUGUUGAGGUAGAAACCGAAGGGGAGAGAUGGGUCUAUGAUUUGCGGUACGAGAAUGAAUCCGACAACCAGAGUUCGUUUGGCGAUACAGACUCGGAUUAUGAUGGUACGCCCAGGAGGGGAACUCCUUCUCCGCUCGCUGAUCGGGGGAAGAAGAAGCUCUUACCUAGCUGGGAAGAGGGGAGUGAUGCUGAGGGAGAGGGACGAGGCAGGAGAGGUCAAUGGCGGAGACGGAGGUGGGUGAGGAUGGUGAAGAGGAAGUAUGAGCCUAGGAAGGAGAGUGUUGGUGAUACGCCUUCUAGAUCAUCGUAA